GAUUGUUCCAGCCUUGGGGAACUGGCUGUCUAUAUAAAUGUGCAUAGAUGCCUCAGCUGAAGUAAAAGACAAAUUUCUUGUUUGGAGGUCUCAGUGAAGGAUGACUGGUUAUAAUCUCACAUCUUCAUGUCCACAGACCGGCCCUAAGCAAUAUGAAUAGACACUCCUGGUUUGUUUUUUUGUUCUGUGGGAUAUUUUUGCCCAGAAUCCUUGGUUUUCCACAGACAAAUACUUCAAUUGAUUGUGAUUCUCUGUUACCAAACUAUGAAGCUGAACCACAGACAUCUGCACCACCAUAUGUUAUUGCUGUAUCUUUUGAUAACUUUGAACCAGGAAAUGAAAUCCAAGUGACUUUAGAAGCCCUUAGAGAUGCUGGUUUUAAAGGAUUUAAUCUACAAGCUCGAGAAAUAGAAGGAGAUGGUCCUGUUGGUACUUUUAAAAUUACAGAUCCAAACACAAAAGGCUUGGAAUGUCAUAACAUGACGAAUUCAGCAGUAAGUCAUGCAAACUCAGAUGUGAAACAGAAAGUUACAACAACAUGGAUUGCUCCACAGGAUAUUAAAGAUCUUCAGUUCAUUGCAACUGUUGUCCAAGAUCUAGAGAAAUUUUGGGUUGGAAUUCAAAGCAAAAUUCUCACACCUACACGUUCUGAGUCAGUUAAUGGGACAGGAAGACAAAAAAGGAAGCUUAUGAUAGAAAUAGAAUGCAGCAAGCGUGGAGGAACGUACACAAGACAAGGCGGAUGUGUUGUGGUUCAACCUUCUGGUUCUUCUCAGAACAGCUAUUCAAGUGGUCAGAGCGGAACAGUCUACACAAUAAGCAAGAGUGGAUGUGCACCAGGAGGUGCUGCCAACGCAUAUGGCCAACAUGCUUGUAAAGAUAGUGCAUCUUCAUAUGGCAGUCUUACCUAUGGCCAGUCUGUUCCUGCAAGUGGUUCAGACUCCAGUAAGGUAGUGGUCAUUCCCAACAGCAACCCUUUUCCACCCGUGCGUCAUACCUACCCCCAGAGUUUGGGCAGUUCUGCUAGCAAGAUCAUAAUACAGAGUGGACAAAGACAGCAAAGCAGCAGUACUUACGUUCAGGGUUCCAGAGGAAGCCAGUCCUAUGGCCAGGUCUACCGGCCUCAAGUUGUCAGUUCCUAUGGCCAGGGUGGGCCGACAUACACAGUCAUCAGCAGUUCUUAUGGCCAGGGUUCCAAAGGAAGCCAGUCCUAUGGCCAGGUCUACCGGCCUCAAGUUGUCAGUUCCUAUGGCCAGGGUGGGCCGACAUACACAGUCAUCAGCAGUUCUUAUGGCCAGCAGGGUGGAUCUUUUUCUUCAGGUGGUAGUAAUGGUUGUGGACAAGGUACUUCAUAUGAUAGCAAUCCCUGCCACCAGGAUGGAUCACAGAGUGGUAGCCAGAGUGGAUCAUACACCUCACAAAACUAUGGUGGUAGCCAGCAGAGUGGAUCAUCAUCCUCACAAAAUUAUGGUGGUGGUCGGGGUGGUUCAUCCUCACAAAACUAUGGUGGCAGCCAAGGUGGAUCGGGUGGAUCCUCUUCUCAAAACUAUUAUGGCGGCCAAGGUGGAUCAUCCUCUCAAGGCUAUUAUGGUGGCCAAGGUGGAUCAUCCUCUCAAGGCUAUUAUGGUGGCCAAGGUGGAUCCUCCUCUCAAAACUAUUAUGGUGGCCAAGGUGGAUCAUCUUCCUUUGACUAUUAUGAUAAUCAGGAUUCACAGGUUUCCUCAGAUGAUAAUCCCAAUGCUUGUGAUGAUAAUGACACAACGUAUAGUGCUAAUGGUCGGAAAUCUGGUUGUGCAAAGAAGAAGGUUGUUGCCAGAGAUACAUCACAUGUUUUGAGCAGAAGAGACUAUGAUGUACAGAAUGAAUCUUCUACUUCAAACAACAGCCACACUAACUUUCAGGGUGGAUCAUUUAUUGCAACUGGUGGUGGAUCAAGUCAGGGUGGCUGCAUUUGUCCUGAUGGAAGUAGUGGUGUUAGACAGGGAAGCCCAGGUUCAUUCCACGGCUCUUAUUCUGGUAACCAGGGAGGGUCUACCUUCUAUCCCGGUGGAUCUUAUGGACAGGGAGCACCAGGUUCUUCAUACAGCACGUAUUCUGGUAACCAGGGAGGAUCUUCCUUCUAUCCUGGAGGAUCCUAUGGACAGGGAGGCCCAGGUUCAUUCCACGGCUCUUAUUCUGGUAACCAGGGAGGAUCGUCCUACUAUCCCGGUGGAUCUUAUGGACAGGGAGCACCAGGUUCUUCAUACAGCACGUAUUCUGGUAACCAGGGAGGAUCUUCCUUCUAUCCUGGAGGAUCCUAUGGACAGGGAGGCCCAGGUUCAUUCCACGGCUCUUAUUCUGGUAACCAGGGAGGAUCGUCCUACUAUCCCGGUGGAUCUUAUGGACAGGGAGGGUCUUCUGUGUAUGAUAGUAACAGUGAAUCCUACGGUCAGGAUGGAUCUUCCACAUAUGGUGGAGCUGGAUCUUAUGGUCAGGAUUCCAUGGGAGGUGGUGAAUCCGAUGACAUGGAUUCCACCUCACCAUCUGGCAGCCGGCAGAGUGAACGGGAUUUUUAUUCCCCAGGAGGCAGCCACUCAGGUGGACAUGGAUUAUCCUCUCAAGGUGGUGGCUACUCCAGUGGACAGAGCUCAUCAGGAAGCAACCAGUACAACCAGUAUGGUGGGCAGAGAUCACCUUCUUCAGGAGGCAGCCAAUAUGGUGGACAGGGUGGAUGUGAUUGCUCUGGCGCAAGUUCUGGUGGAUCACCUACCUCACUGAGAAGCAAUUCCUCUGCAAAUGGCACAUCUUCUUCUGGAGGCAGCUAUUACAGUAGCCAAGAUUCAUAUUCCUCUGAAACUAGCCGUUACGGUGGACAUGGACCAUCAUCUUAUGGAGGCAGCCAUUAUGGUGGACGAGGUUCACCUUCCUCAGGAGGCAGCCAGUAUGGUGGACAGGGUUCACAUUCUUCAGGAGGCAGCCAGUAUGGAGGACAGGGUAUAGCUUCUUCAGGAAGCAGUCAGUACAGUGGACAGGGCUUUUCUUCAGGAGGCAGCCAAUAUGGUGGACAGGGUGGAUGUCUGUGUCCUGGUGGAAGCUCAGGCUCUUUUGGAGGAAACAGCUACCAUGGUGGACAGGGUCCAUCUUAUUCUGGAAGCAAUCAGUAUGGGGGACAGGGAUCUUCUCACUCAGGAAGCAGCCAGUAUGGCGGGCAGGGCUCAUCUUCUUCGGGAGGCCGACAAUAUGGUAAACCAGGUUCGUCUUCCUAUGGAGGUGGUCAUCAAGGAAAGCCAGGAUACUCAGGAAGCACUUAUUCUGGGAAACCGAAUUCGCCUUCCUCAGGGGGCAGUCAAGUGGAAAAAAAUAAUCAAGAAAUGUCUACCAAUUUAAAGUACCUUUCCUUGAGCAUCCUGGUUUUUCAGACUACAAGUCUAGUGUUGACCAUGCGUUACUCUCGGACACUGAAAGAAGAAGGACCUCGUUACUUAUCCUCUACUGCAGUAGUUCUUGCUGAACUCCUGAAGAUUUUAACCUGUAUUCUAUUGGUCUACAAAGACAGCAAGUGCAAUUUACGGGCUCUGAACAGAGUGUUACAUGAUGAAAUCCUUAAUAAGCCCAUGGAAACUCUUAAACUUGCAAUUCCUUCAGGAAUUUAUACUCUUCAGAAUAACCUGCUGUAUGUAGCAUUGUCAAACCUAGAUGCAGCCACAUACCAGGUUACAUAUCAACUGAAAAUUCUUACCACGGCACUCUUUUCUGUGUCCAUGUUAAGCAAGAAAUUGGGCGUAUACCAGUGGCUGUCAUUAGUGAUUUUGAUGACAGGAGUGGCAUUUGUGCAGUGGCCUUCAGACUCUCAAGCAACAGCUGCUAAGGAACACUCAGCAGGAUCUCAGUUUGUAGGCCUGAUGGCAGUUCUUAUAGCAUGCUUUUCUAGUGGAUUCGCUGGAGUUUAUUUUGAGAAAAUUUUGAAGGAAACUAAGCAGUCUGUGUGGAUCAGAAACAUUCAGCUUGGAUUUUUUGGUAGCAUAUUUGGACUGAUGGGUGUAUACAUUUAUGAUGGAGAACAGCUGUCAAAAAAUGGAUUUUUUCAAGGAUAUAAUCAACUUACUUGGAUAGUUGUUGUUCUACAGGCACUUGGAGGCCUGGUCGUUGCUGCUGUUAUAAAAUAUGCAGACAACAUUUUAAAGGGAUUUGCAACUUCUCUCUCUAUUAUACUGUCAACAUUGAUCUCCUAUUUCUGGCUUCAGGAUUUUGUUCCUACAAGUGUCUUUUUCUUCGGAGCCAUCCUUGUAAUAGCAGCUACUUUCCUGUAUGGUUAUGAUCCAAAACCUGCAGGAAAUCCUAUUAAGGCAUAGCAGACUUCCUCCUCAGCCUGCUUCUCAAGAUCAUGCACUGGGGGCCUUGCUAGCAAUGGCACGUGGAAGGUGUCAUUGUGCACUGCAAGGAGAGGAUUACUACCCUGAAUCUAGUGAAGAAAUGCUUAUUGAGUAGUUUUGAAGAACCAGAAGGAUUAAAGAUGGAUCAUGAUACUGUCUGUAACUGGUGAAAAAAAUGGCAGGGGAAAGCCCAGUGCAAUGUGCUAAUAAAAACUUGAAAGGAACAAAAAGUUUCCAAGAAACUGCAAUUAGGAAUGUUUACAGCUUUGACCUGGGAUCGCAUCAAAAGAAUUUACUGUAUUGACUGCUGCAGAAAUAUGUCCUAUGCACUCUUUGAAAUAGCACAUGACAGCAUUGUCAGAUUAUUUGUUUUUGCAAUUUGACUAUAUUUAAUCUUAGUAAAUGUUUUUAACUGUUUGUCUAUUUACACGAAAUCAACUGAAUGCACAUCAUAGUUCUAAAGCAAUGGUUCUAAUUAGGUAUUCCUUAUUAAAACUAUGAAAAUUGAAGUAUGAUUGAAAGACAUUUUCACAAUAUCAGAUAUUUUUAUAUUUUUAGAAGGCUGAUUUAAUAACAGAAAUAUGUGUUCUGUUGCUUCUAUAAAGCUGUUGUAAGAAUGUUAACACUCUCACCUAAGUACACAAAGGGAGAAAUUGAGAAAGAAGACUGAAAAUCUGUGUUAGUACUCCAGCCAUCAUCAGGAUAGCUUGCAGUGUUCCAACAGAUGCAAUAAGUCUGUGAACACACAGUGCAGUAAUCUGGCACUAUGAGUUGGCUUACAAUGGAGUGCUUGCUCAGAUGUAAUGUUCAUUAUUUUUUAUUGAUUAUGAAUCAGCUUGUGGGUAGAACCUUUAAAGUAGGUGGGUGGGUUUUGUUUUGUUUUUUGAUUUACAUAUCCCCUGCAGAUUUUUUUUUUACCUGCAAUUUUGAAACCCAUAAUAAACAUUUUAUAUUCAUUAUUGUAAUCUGUAACAGCUCCAUCUGGAGCCAUUAUGGUAUAUCAUCUGUAUACUGUACUGUAUUUUAUUACAGAGGUGUUUUUUGUUUGUUUUUUAAACAAGUGUUGUUUACUCGUGAACUCUCCAAGGCUGUUUCAGUACAUUUGUAUGUAAUAGUUUAAUUAGAGUUUUUUUAAUUGUUAUUAUUUUGUUCUAGAAGUCCUUGAGCUAACAGACCAAACGGUUCUGUGGAGCUGUUCAGUCUAGUAGUGGAAUUACUUCAAUAGGGAACAGAAUGAAAAAUUUACGAAUUGUGCAAUAGGCAAAUAUAAAAGCAUGCUGUUCUUUUUUUUUUUUAAACCAAAAAAAGACAUAAAGAAACAUAUACAGUUAGACUGUUAUGAACACUUUGCUUGUUGAAGUAUUUGCAUAUAGCCAAUUGAGACAGAAACACAAUGCCAGAACUAGUUUGUUUGUUUGUUUGUUUGUUUAAAAAAAAAAAAAAGCUUAAAAAUCACGUUUUCAGGAGACCUGUUCACAGUGGAUAUUAAUGUAGGGUGGCUUCCUGUGUGUUACACAUGUGAAUGGAUGCCUUACGCAAAAGCAUAUCUAUAGUCCCUUAGUUGAAUGGCAAGUGUUAAAGGUGUUAUGGGUUUUUUGUUGUUUGUUUUUUUUUUUUUUUCCUCUCUGCACUUAUUCACGUCUUUCAUGUGCUAUUGAUUAUGUUGUGAAUUGAGAGGUGUUUCAAAAUGUUUACCAAAGUACCUCAGCCUCUUUUCCCCAACACUGUAAAUGGUGGAUUGCCAAGAGAGGAUUCUGUAAGAGCACUCUGAGAUUUUUAAGUAUUGUAAAUGGAAAAGGAAGAAUUCCACCUGAUGUCAGCCAAGUAAAAAUACUGCUUUCUCUUGUUGUCAAUGGCAUGCAUCAUCAAUGUUUUGUCUGUAGCGUCAGAGCAAGGAAGUAAUGUCGGUGUUAUGCCAAGGGCAUGCUAAGCUUUCCAAACUGCACAUCAAUCCCUAGCAUGCCAUAAUUGCAGGAGCUACGUUAUUUGGUAGUCAAAAUUAUCUAAUAUUACCCUAAAUUGGCGUCCUACUUUUAAUAUUAAACCUUUCACCUCUAACACUCAAUCAGGCAAAAUCAAAACUUACAUCACUUUACCACUGAAAUACAACACGAGGGUAAGAUGUGUUGAGUAGUAGCUCACAGCGUUACUUAGUGUAGAAAGAGAAGUACACGUGACUGUGAAAUGAUUUGAUGAGUGUUGGUAGGAAUAUCUGAAUUGGAAUUUGGCCUACACAACAGUAGUUUUAAAUUCAUGAAGCAUGAAUCACAGUAGUGGAAAUGUUCAGGUGAUGGAAUUGGUUACUUUGUUGAGGAAUUUCUCCAGAAAAUUGGAGCAGACUGAGAACACUUUAGAACCAGUUGCACAGGACGGGACCAAACAGGCCCAGUGAUCAGUGCAUUGCUGGAGUUCUGUUAAACACAACCCAGUUUUAAUAUUUUUGUCUUUAAGCUUCAGCUUAUAGGAAAGAAUGGGAAUAUGUGCACUUUGCUUUUGAAUAGGACCUAAUAGCUCUGGAAAACAAUAUACCUGUUGUGUUCAGGAAUGGUGACUCCUGUCUUUGGGUCAGUGACUGUCAUGCUUUCAAUUUUCAGUCCCAUUAAAUUUUCUAGUAGAGGGACAGAUCUCUUUAUGCACCUGUCGCUGUAAAGAAAAUAUGAAUUUGCAUUUUUAGCUGCCUUUCCUUAGCCACUUACAGCUUCUGAGGGACCUCCAGGCUGAAAAGCAUUACUCUAGAGAGCAGGAAGGCGGUGUGCCCUUCUUGUGAAGGGAAAGGAUUUGAGGAGGAUUUACAGAUUUCUGUAACUUCUGCAAUCCUGAAAGCAUAUGUGCGUUUUCCCAUUGGGAUACUUAUGGAUCUGAGGGGGAAAAAAUAAAUCUAAUUCAAUCGCUGAUUAACUAACCAAAGAAGCAUAGCUAGCGCAGAGCAUUGGGACACAAGGAACAGUGUGCUUUGAGUGUGCCCUAAAAGCGGUCUGUAGGAGUCUAACUUUCCAAAAAUAAACUUGUCUUUCUGAAUUACAGUUCUGACUUUAAGACAAUGGAUUUGUCAGUUUAAUUGUAUAUUUAGGAGGCUAAUCUAUACUCAGCAGAAUUUUAUUUAAAUAUUUAUGAAGUUACAGCUAGAUAUUUAUUUGCAAUAACUUGAAUUAUAUGAUUUUUUGAAGGCUUACAUAAUGAGAGUACUAGUAUUUAUUGAAUACUUGGAUGUUCAGUAGUUUUAUUUGAGAAUCUCUGGGAUACAUUAUAAAUGGUCAAAUACCAGUAAGCUAUUAGAACUGUCUCCAAAGCAAAAUAAAUCAGCAAUUCAGCGGUGAAAAAUCCUAAAUCUAAUAAAGUAAAGUGAACAUUUCUUUGAACAUUGUAUUUUCAUGUUAACCGCAAGUGCCCAAUUAUCUUUUUUCUCAAAGAAUUCUGAUAAUUUUAUAGCUCUAUUAAAGUUCUUUGUUUUAGACAAACUGUAGCAAAACUUCCAUUUUUGUUUGCUUUAAUAAUAGAGGAUAGAUUAGUGUACUAGUUCCUGCUUGUAUGAGAUAAUACCUGUUUUUACUAUAACUUUUUAAGAAAAUAGUUUUACUUUUUUUUUUCUCUCAAAUAAGUUACUUUAUUUUGGGAGCAUAUGCUUACAUUUCACUUAUUCAUAAGGUCCUUUAACAGAUUUUUGAGAGUACUUAACCAUUUUGUGUUCCUAACUUAAUUUUAUGGCUGUAAUUCAAGAGACUGUAAUGGAUUUUGUCAAACUGUUUUAAAAGUGAUAAAUGAACCUUUGCAUUUCUUAUGUUUUUUGUUGUCUGUAACUUUCAUCUGUUUCUAUGUUUCCAUAUCAGCCAUGCACAUUCUGUUGUACAAAAGCAAUCAUUUGCCAAAUUUGAAGCUGUUGCUCAUUUUCCUCCUGUUGACAGUGUUUCUUGCUGGAUAUUGUAAGUGAGGAAGAUUAUUAUUUUUCUUCUCUUAAAUCCAUGUUUUUGUAAGAUUUUUUAAAAGUGAAUGUUUUGCGUGCGUGUUUUAGAAAGGUAAUGUUUAUCUGUAGUGUGCUGUUAUACCAUAUACGUGGUAGUGUAUCAUUACCUAUGGUAUUCUUAUAAGAAAGUCCAAGAAAUGUGCCCUUCA